CAAAAGUUGGGGGUGAUGAGCAAUCCAAUCCUUUUUUGAUUCACCUCAUUUUCACCUCAAUAAUGAGUGCUGAUGGCAAAAGCAAAAGAAAACAACUUUGAGUGGAGGAAGCUGCCCAUAUGAAAACAUAAUUGCACUUGCCUUCUAUAUCCGGCCAUCCAUCCAUCUUUUCGCAACCUAAAAAUUCCACCACAUCUUCUUAUUCCUAUUCUUCUAUGUAAAUCAAAGUUGUACUCAUAAAUCGUAUAUAUUUACAUAUACAUGAAGCUGUUUCUUCACCAUUUUUAUUUGGUUGAUCAAAUAGACAUAAUAAUCAAAGCAGGGUUCAUGGCUAUGGUAUGAUGAAAUAAGACAUAUAUAUAAGCUUGUUUUGGGUGGGGCUGUACUCCUGGCGGCGUCGGCACAGAACAGGUGCACUGCUCUAGUCUGCUCUUGCUAUGUACCAUCAGGGAAUCUGGAUAGCAAAGGUGAAGAAAUAAACAACAGAAGCAAUAGCAGUAGCAGCGGCAGCAACAUCAAGAGGAGGUCUGGUGUGGGAAAGAAUAUUAAAGAUGGGGUCAUGGAAGAAGUUGGUAAUAAUGAGGAAUUACAAUUAGGCCAAGACAGGAUCAGGAAUGGUGGUAGCAGCAACAGUAGAUGCAGUAAUAGUGGGACUAAUGGACCUCACAACAUUGAACUAAUUCCAACUCGCAAGAGUAAUCUCAAGAAAACAACUAGUACAAUAGUAGAUCUGGGGAAUCUCUUAACGACAGAAAGGAGAAAAGUAAGUUGGCCAGAUGCUCAUGGAAAAGACAUUGCUCAUGUCCAGGAGUUUGAGCCAAGUGUGUCAGAUGAUGGAGAGCUCGAGGGAGUUAGGAACUCUUGCGUUUGUGCUAUUCAAUGAAGCAACAUUCCUUGAUACUGAUAGUGCCAAUGAAGCAGGCUUGGAACUGAAAUAUUCCCAGAAAAUUCCAAGUUUACAAUUUGAACAAGCUGGUCAUAACCAACUUGACACUAUUAUGGGAUUUGCGUAUCCUUGUAAGUAGACUUAAUAAUAAUUUAAAAUGUAAAA